GUAGUCAUCGAGAACGGUCGCAUUAUCGGGCGCUCUCGUUUGUGACACAGUUUUUGGCGGAUAUUUCCGCGAAAAAUAGUCGGACUCUUUUGUGGGUGGUAUGUGCGGAGAGUGUUCAUUUUUUGGUAUUGUCGUGUUUUUGUUUUGUGAAGAUAGGGCAAAAGGAUUAGCAGCUACAGAGACUUAAGUUUAGAGAAACUGCAUGAUUGUUGAGAGGAAAAGUUCGGGUAACGGACCUUAUCGGCGGUUUUUUCUACCUGCUCGGGUCGGUGAUCCGACCUGUUUUCGAGUUCGCUCGACCCUUUGGCUAGGCGGCAGUGCCAAUGUGAACUUUCGUUUGGACGGUUGCAAAGUGCGACGUUGCCGCUGUGACAUUUUUUCCUUUGCAGAAAUUUUUUGUUUUCUUUUUCGGCAAGGAUGAAAUUUGGUAAUUUCCUUAGUUGAUUUGUUGAUUUGGAGUUUGGACUUUCUUUUGCACGCCGAUGGACCUUUAUUGUUUGUAAUUGUUUUGUGAUAUUGUGUUUUUACUGUUUUUGCUUAAAUCGGGUAUUUAGGAUUGCGAGAUUGAUCGCUGCGUGCGCGGAAGGAAGUGCGCGACAUCAAUCUGUCGUUAUAUAGUUAUCGGAUAGUAGCGGACAAACGGUGCGUCGGAAGGGUGGCGCCACAAAGAAUCUUGUGCGCGGCGGCACCGCCCCUACCGAUACCCGGUGGCAAAUAGUUUUUUGGAUUUUGACGGGCAACUACAGGUGUUACAGAGGUGGAAGUGGUGUCCUUGUGUGCGUACGAGGAAGGGCUACACUUCUCCUUUGACAUCUUUUCGUCGCGCUCUAGCGGCGAAACGGUGUGUCGGAGCGGGGUCAGCUCAAAGGGUUUUGUGUUCGGAGGCAUCGCCCCUACUUUUUUUUUUUUUUCUCGUGUUCGUGUUGGUGUUUGUGUUCGUGUGUCUUGGAGCCCCGGAAGCUGUGCAUGCAGCAUGAGCAAGCGCGAUCGGCAGGGCAAAGGCAGGGCCUUCGUGACUGACAUUACGAUGGAUAGUGGGUCGGAAUCCGGGGGAGAGGGAGGUUUUGUGCGCGGGAUAGAAUUUUGAGGUCGCCGGUAAACUCUCAAGUGACACGGUCGACAUCUUCGGAAGACAGGGUCAUGGAGAGCCCUGAGAUGGGAGGUGCGAAGCGUCCAAGGAAGGACUCGAAAGGAAAGGCUCUGGGUCGUCAUGAACGAGAGGCCCAYGAGAGCAGCAAUCGGUCUCUGGGUCGCCAUGAACGAGAGGCCCAYGAGAGUAGCAGCGAGGAAGAUGAUAACAUGUCGGCAAGUGAAAAUGACUAUAGUGUGCMUGGCGAUGAUUUUWUUCGGCGUAUGGGUAGGGUUAUUGCGGAGAGYCGCAGUGCGAUCAAGGUAGCCAUUUCUAGGCAGUCGCAGAUUCGGGCAGGAGAUAGAGAGGCUCUAAUUAUGGCGGRAGACAAUAUUCAGGUCGUUUUUGAGRAAUUGUGUAGUAACYACAGUCUGGUGUUGAAGUCGAGCGAGGUUGAGGGUGAGAGAGGCGCGAGUCGAGUUAGGAAUGGAUGUUGUACGGACAUGCUUGAGAAAGUUUGUGGCGUGGUCGACGGAUUAAAGGCUGAAUUUGCUGCUCUUAAAUCGAUUGUGUUGGAGCCGGUGAAGUCUGUGCAAAAGCCAGGUGCUCCCUUCUCGGUGCAGGAUAGGUUGAGUUAUGCGGCCAAGCUGAAAACUGUACCUGGGACACUGAAUACGUCGGCAUCCAUAGUCAGCAAGGCAGGGAAACUGAAUCAGUCCGGUGCGGAAAGUGGUUGGAUUUUCACGUCGGGGGCAGAAGGUGACAAUGAGGAAGGCUUUAUAGAGAUUCGGCGUCAUAAAAAGAAAGUCUUACGCCAAAGCGGUGUUUUCGGGGGGCAGCAAGGCAGUCAGCAAGGACGGUUGGAAGACUCUACCACCUGUGGAGGAGUUUGAGGUCAAGGUGCCGGCUAUGGCUGAAGGAUCGGCGUUGGAUUGUGUCAGGGAGAUAGUAACCCAGGGCCGAACCAGCUGUUUUCAAAGAGUCGUAAAACUGAGGGAUGGGGGUGUUGUAUUAAAGUGUAAGGAUGGGCAGCAGAAGGAAGAGGUGAGGGCAGCUCUUAAUGACAAGGGAGUAGCUAAUAUG